AUGGAGUCCCUCCCAGGAUCAGUCCAAGUUCCCGAGUGGCAAAAAGCAAUCAAUUGGGACACAGCCGGUGCCUUCAAAGUUCGGUGGUUGGUCAUCUGCGCUACGCGCUUCCAUCGUAUCGGUCACUUAAAGAAUGCCCUUAAUGAUAAUCAAGCCGUGCUGAUUGGCAAAGAUGGCCAAGAGAUUGAGGAGAAUUGUGGGAGGGGCCUUGUGGAGUUGAUUGAUGAGGAGUCUGGGUCUGAGUGCGAAUACUCGGUAAGAUUACGAUGGGGCGGACGGACUUUUGAUCGGUCGAGAUUUGGGCAUUGCUUAAAAGGAAGUGUGAGGAAGACGGCGAACUCUCCGGAUGGAUUUGUGUACGCUGCUUCUGGAGUUCCACUGACAGUUCCACAAGAACUACCGGUGUUUCCGUCUCUUUCGGCAACGGAAACAGGAUUGCUUUAUCAUUACACCGAAGAAGCGUCAAGGAUUACUUGUUGUGGUUCCCAUGUUCAGAAGGAGCUUUGCCAGUUGAUUCUUCCAAUGGCCGUCGGAUUUCCUGCACUGAUGAACGCAACUUUGGCCUGGGCUGCAAUGCACAGUGUCGCAUUUCAAGGGCAAGUCAAUGGGAUUUCCGAUCCAAUUCGGUUUAUUGCUGGUCUCAAGGCGAGGAGUAUCGAGCAUCUUCGACAAGGGCUCCAGAAGCCGGAUAUGGAGCAUUGCGAUGCUCUCCUUGCAACAGUCAGAACUCUCUGCCAGUGCGAAAUUCAUUCCGGAAGUGAUCAAUCUAGUGCUUGGCGUGUCCAUAUCAAAGGAGCCAAGGCAUUGAUGAAUGCCAUUGACCGGUCUCAACGUGGAAAAGGAGCUCGACCGAGACUCCUUUAUCGGUGGUACGCUGCCAUGGAUUCCUUGGCAAUGUUGGCCUCAUGUGGAACAACGGUUAUGAUCGAGGCAGGAGAUGGAACAUACGAUGGCGUCUCAGCCUAUCUGGAUGAUUAUAACGGAUAUUCGACGGAGCUUUCACAUGUGAUCGGGGAGAUUGGAACGGCGGUGGGAGCAGUGAGCCAGGGUGCUUCAUCGUCAGAGCAAGCAGACCUGCUUGAAGGAACCAUCUUCACCAUCAUGGAGCGGGAGAACAAUUUGGAACCCGUUUUCUAUCCCGGCGUGGUUGAGAGGCUUACACCACAAGCUAUCCGGGAAUAUUCGUUGUGCAAUCAAGCAUACCAGCACACGGCGUUGAUCUAUGUCCGAUGGCAAUUACGGGGGUUCUCUAGGGAUGCAGCUGAUAUACAGCACUCAGUGAGAAAGAUCAUUGAAUGCGCCAGUGCCAUUACCCCAUCGUACGGACUUUCACCAGCUAUCGUUUUGACAACGCCGUUGUUCACUGCGGGUUGUGAAGCAUUAGGAGAAGACAGAGAAGCCAUUCGACGGUUAUUGAACCAGCUUUAUGAACUACUGAAAAUUCGGAACAUCAAGCUUGCGCUCGAAAUCCUGGAAACUUUCUGGGCGGAUGAAAAUACGAACGGAGAUCUGGGAAUGCUUCUGUGUCAAAAGAACUGGAAUUUUAUUCCUUACUGA